AUGGAUCAUCAUGACUGGCAGCGAGGGAGAAGUAAGGGCCACCGACACUACGACGAUGAUGAUGAGGCCCAGCCCGUCUACAUCGGCGUUCCAGUUUCUCACAGACGGAAAAGGCGCAGACAUCAUUCCUAUGCCAGUGACGCAGACCGCGACACGCGGCACACACACUAUGAUCACCACACACACCGUGAACACUCGCACCAGGGAUAUUACCAUGACAGAGAGGAGCACUAUGGCGAUGACGAGGGCAGCACAGAGCGCCGCGAGCACGCCGACCCCUCAGUGUCCCCUGCAGCAGAGCGGCUGCGCCACUUACUGGCGGAGGAUGACACCACCCCAACACCCACAAUAUUCACUGAGAUGGACACACUACAGCAAGAGGGGGGCGAGUUAGAGUGGAAAGAGUCUGCAAGGUGGGUGAAGUUUGAGGAGAAGGUGGAGGAGGGAGGAGAAAGAUGGAGCAAGCCUCAUGUCUCCACACUGACCCUCCACAGCCUGUUUGAGCUCAGGACCUGUCUGCAGACAGGAAGCAUCCUGCUGGACCUGGAGGGCUACUCGCUGCCACAGAUCGUGGAUGAGAUUGUGGAUCGGCAGAUAGCUGAUGGUCUCAUUCCUCCGGAUCUGAAGGAGAAGAUCAGCUUUGUGUUGCUCAGGAAACACCGUCACCAGACCAAGAAACCAAUCCACCGCUCGCUGGCAGAUAUAGGAAAGUCCUCCAACACUGCUUCCAACCGUAGUCCUCAGGUUAAUCAUAGUACUAGUUCAGCUUCUGGCAUCCACCGCUCCACAGAAGACCUACGCUCUCGGCAGUCAAGCAGCCUCAGCCACCUGCAUGCUGCCCAGAGCCGAAGCAUGAAUGACAUUUCAGACACACCGAGCACAGACCAGCUGAAGAACAAGUUCAUGAAAAAGAUUCCUCGUGAUGCCGAAGCCUCCAAUGUCCUGAUCGGUGAGGUGGAUUUUCUGGACAAACCCUUCGUCUCUUUUGUACGUUUGGCUCAGGCCACGACUCUGGGAGGCCUCACCGAGGUCCCUGUGCCAACAAGGUUUCUCUUCAUCUUGCUGGGUCCUCCGGGCAAAAGCAAGUCCUACAAUGAGAUUGGCAGAGCUAUCGCUACGCUCAUGGUGGAUGAUCUGUUCAGUGAUGUUGCCUAUAAAGCAAGGGACCGUGAAGACCUGAUCGCAGGUGUCGAUGAGUUUCUGGAUGAGGUGAUUGUCCUCCCACCAGGGGAAUGGGACCCAAAGAUACGUAUCGAACCUCCCAAGAAGGUUCCAUCAGCAGAAAUGAGAAAGUCAGUGCUGAACCUGAACGAGCUGGGUCAAAUGAACGGCUCGGCCGGCGGGGCGGCUGGAGGAGAAGACGAUGAGCUUCCAGCGCCACAUGAGCUUGGAGAGGAGCUGAAAUUCACUGGGAGGUUUGGAGGUGGAUUGUGGCUGGACAUCAAACGGAAGAUCCCUUGGUAUUGUAGUGAUAUCUACGAUGGCUUCCAUAUCCAGUCUCUCUCUGCUGUGGUCUUCAUCUACCUGGGCUGCAUCACCAAUGCCAUCACCUUUGGCGGACUGCUAGGGGACGCUACCGACAAUUACCAGGGCGUGAUGGAGAGUUUCCUUGGCACUGCUUUAGCAGGGACAGUCUUUUGUCUGUUUGGUGGGCAACCUCUCAUCAUCCUCAGUUCAACUGGACCCAUUCUCAUCUUUGAGAAACUGCUUUAUGAAUUCAGCAAGAGCAAUGAUAUAGACUACAUGGAGCUGCGUCUGUGGAUUGGCCUUCACUCUUGUCUGCAGUGUUUGCUGCUGGUGCUCUCAGACGCCAGCUACAUUAUCAAGUACAUGACCCGCUUCACAGAGGAGGGUUUCUCCAGCCUCAUCUCCUUCAUAUUCAUCUCUGACGCCAUUAAGAAGAUGGUUGGAGCUUGGAAGUAUUACCCAAUCAACCGUGGCUUCAAACCUGACUACAUCACUGCCUAUAAGUGCGAAUGCAUCGCACCAGACCAGGCAUCUGUGCUGGGCUUGAAUGUUUCAGCUCCACUCGCAGAUGAUAAUAUGACUCUGUUGUUUAACUUGACAGACCUGGACUGGAGUCAGCUCAGUAAGAAAGAGUGUGUGAAGUACGGUGGUAUGCUGAUGGGGAACUCCUGUAAGUAUGUUCCUGACCUGGCCCUGAUGUCCUUCAUCCUCUUCUUUGGCACCUACUCCAUGACUGUUUCUCUCAAGAAGUUCAAGUUUAGCCGCUACUUUCCAACAAAGCUCCGUAGCCUGAUAAGUGAUUUUGCCAUCAUCAUUUCUAUCCUGAUCUUCUGUGGACUGGAUUGCCUGCUGGAGCUCGAUACCCCCAAACUACUUGUGCCCACUGAGAUCAAGCUGAGGAAGCUAAUCAGUGAUUUUGCAAUCUUCAUGUCAAUCAUGUCCUUUGUGGGUCUGGAUAUGUUGAUGGGGUUAGACACACCCAAACUAAUCGUUCCUACUGAGUUUAAGCCAACUCGUCCUGAUCGUGGCUGGUUGGUGAUGCCAUUUGGUAAGAACCCCUGGUGGUGGUACCUGGCCAGCUCUGUUCCUGCACUCCUGGUCACCAUACUCAUCUUCAUGGACCAGCAGAUCAGCGCUGUCAUAGUCAACCGCAAGGAAAACAAACUUAAGAAAGGUUGCGGUUACCACUUGGACCUGUUCUGGGUGGGUGUGCUGAUGGCUGUGUGCUCCUUCCUGGGUCUGCCCUGGUACGUAGCAGCUACUGUCAUCUCCAUCGCUCACAUCGACUCUCUGAAAAUGGAGAGCGAGUCCAGCGCUCCUGGAGAGCAGCCACAGUUCCUCGGAGUGAGGGAGCAGAGGCUGACGGGCAUUUUGGUGUUUGUUAUGACUGGACUCUCAAUUUUCCUCGCUCCCGUUCUCCAGUACAUCCCCAUGCCAGUCCUGUAUGGAGUGUUCCUCUACAUGGGUGUGGCAUCACUGAGUGGCAUCCAGUUCUGGGAGCGUAUGAAGCUGUAUCUGAUGCCAGCCAAACACCAGCCGGACUUCUCCUUCCUGCGUCACGUUCCUCUGAGACGCGUCCAUCUUUUCACCAUCGUCCAGAUCGUCUGUUUGGCCGUCCUCUGGAUCCUGAAGUCCACCUUCCUGGCCAUCAUCUUCCCAGUAAUGAUUCUGGGUCUGAUGCUCGUCCGGAAGCUGCUGGAUCUGAUAUUCUCGCAACACGACUUGGCCUGGCUGGACGACAUCCUGCCAGACAAAGACAAGAAGAAGAAGGAGGAUGAGAAGAAGAAGAAGAAGGAGAAGAAGGCGGCAGAGCCGGAGAGCGACGAGGAGGAGAUGAACCCGUACUCGACGGUCACGUCCGAAGAAAACGAAUUAGACCGCAGCAUCACUCUGCACCUGAAGAUCACCUGCCCGCCCUCACCCGCCCAAUCCCAGACGAGCCUCGCCCCCGGGAUCGCCCCGUCGCCACACCUGCCGACACGCCCGCCCGUGCCCCAGGUCAGCAUCCAGGUGGAGUCAGACCGCGAGGAGCCCGGCCUCUUCUCCAAGCAACAACGCUGCCCUCAUCCAACCGAUCACCUGCCUCCACCUGGAGCAGAGUUUCACCAAAAACUGCACGCUCACUUCGGUGACUGUGCCGAGACCGUUCUGUAGACACACACAGGUUUACUGCUGUGAGCUUGACAACACACACACACACAGGGAAGGUGCAAAGUGUUGCAAACUGAUAAUAAUCUGCCUGAUAUCUCUGAUUUAAACCCAGUUUUUACAGGCUGAACAAGCGUACAGAUUGUGCUCUUUCACACUUCAUAAUUGGACUUGUAUCAAAUGUAAUGUCACUGUAUUAUAAAGCUCCCCCUGACUAAAACUAUCGCAGCUCUCAGGUCGGAUCUCUGUGAACUGGCAGAGCACUGAGAGGCCUCGAGGAUCCAACCAGCUUCCUGUAGUGACGAUAAAUAGCCGCAAAGAAACAACCAAAAUGUGUUACUAGUAAAUGCGUGACCCUGCUCUGAACCCGUGUUAGGCCUCAGUACUGUUGAUCAUGUCGUGUUCAUCUUUGCUCUUGUUUUUGUUUUCUUGUGCAUUUAAAGAAUGUUAGAGACGAGGGUGAUUUACAUCAUGCUGUAUCUGCGUUAUGGUUGUAAAGCCCUGAAAAAUGUAAUAAAACAACA